AUGUCAGAUAAAAUCGACGAACUAGCCACCGAGGCGAGAAUCAGCCAAGAUGAAAACCCCAAAGCUGAAAGUCAGCUGAUCGAUCCCAUCCUUGAGAAGAAACUCAUAAGAAAGGUCGACCUUAAUCUUGUCCCCAUCCUCUUUUUGCUUUUCCUCUGCGCCUUUAUCGAUCGUAUCAACAUCGGUAAUGCUCGAAUCCAGGGCCUCGAAGCCGAUCUCAACAUGACUGGUCAGGAUUACAACAUCGCUCUUUUUACCUUCUUCAUUCUCUAUAUCAUUCUUGAAGUCCCGUGUAACAUUCUUCUCAAGAAUACGCGACCAUCACUCUUCCUCUCAGCCAUCAUGACAGGAUGGGGCAUUGUCACCAUCUGCCAGGGUCUCACCAAGUCCUUUGCAGGAUUGAUCGUCUGCCGUGUCAUUAUUGGUGGGCUCGAGGCAGGGUUUUUCCCAGCUUGUGUGUAUCUACUCAGUAUGUACUACUGCCGCCAUGAACUCCAGUGGCGUUUCAACCUCUUCUUCUCAGCCAGUAUUAUUGCGGGCGCCUUUAGUGGUCUUCUAGCUUAUGCUAUCGCUCACAUGGAUGGAAUCGCUGGGUAUGGUGGUUGGAGAUGGAUCUUCAUCCUCGAAGGUAUCGCCACUGUUAUCAUCGCUAUUGGUAGUUAUUGGCUCAUUCCAGAUUGGCCCGAGACUGCAAAGUUCCUUUCUGACGAUGAGCGAGCACUUCUCAUUCAUCGCCUUGCUGAGGAUAGAAAAGAUACACAUAUGAACACUUGGAAUGCCAAGACGGCCAGGCGGAUAUUUUCAGAUAUCAAGAUCUAUCUUGGCGUUCUUAUGUACAUGGGCAUUGUGACAACUAGCUAUGCUGGCUCCUUCUUCACUCCGACCAUUCUAAAACAACUGGGCUGGACAUCAAUUCGCGCUCAGAUUAUGUCUAUCCCCAUUUUCAUCUUUGCAACUGUUUGCGCACUUGUCUCUGCAAUUGCGAGCGAUAAGUUGAAGCAUCGCUCGGGUUUCAUUAUAGGGGGUUGCUGUUUCUCAACUAUUGGCUAUGUUAUCCUACUCAACAUGAUGUCUGUCACUGUAGGCGUUCGAUAUUUCUCGCUUUUCUGUAUUGUUGGCGGUGGCUACAUUGCCCAGCCAAUUGUACUGGUCUGGUUGAGUAACAAUAUGUCUGGCCACUACAAGGUUGGAGUCGCUUCUGCUAUGCAAGUUGGCAUAGGCAAUGUGGGUGGAAUUAUUGCUAGCAAUAUGUUCAUCACGACCGAGGCUCCAACUUACCCUCUGGGCUUUGGACUGGGACUUGGCCUUGUGUGGCUCUGUGUCCUCAGCUCUCUCACAUUCUUGUUCUAUAUUCGACGAGAGAACAGAUUGAGAGAAGAGGGCAAACGAGAUGACAGAUAUAACUUACCCGAGGACGAAAAGAAUAAUCUGGGUGACGACCACCCAAGCUUUCGCUUCACCUUCUAA